GGGAGCCCUCUCCAGGCAACCCAGUGCUGAUCGCCGGUGCCGGUGCGGCCGUUCCCCCUCCGUAGCGGGAGGCGAGGCUCCGAAGCAGCCCCCUCCUCCUCCUGGGCUCACCUCCCACCCCCUUCCCGGUGGACCUCGGGGCAUGAGCAACGAUGGCGGGCUGCAUCCCUGAAGAGAAAACUUACCGGCGCUUCCUGGAGCUGUUCCUGGGCGAGUUCCGCGGACCGUGCGGCGGCGGCGAGCCAGAGCCCGAACCCGAAUCCGAGCCCGAGCCCGAGCCCGAAGCAGAGCUGGUUGCGGCUGAGGCGGCCGAGGCUUCGGGGGAGGAACCGGGGGAAGACGGUGAGACGGUAGAGGCGGCCGAGGAGGGGGAGCAGGACCAAGACCCCGAACCCGAAGAGGAGGCGGUGGAGGAGGAGACGGCGGCGGAGGGCGAGGAGGAGGAAGAGGAGGAAGCGGCUGCCCCGGGGCACUCGGCCGUGCCGCCGCCGCCGCAGCCGCAGCUGCCGCCGCUGCCCCCGCUCCCGCGGCCGCUGUCGGAGCGCAUCACCCGAGAGGAGGUGGAGGGCGAGAGCCUGGACCUGUGCCUGCAGCAGCUCUACAAAUAUAACUGCCCUUCCUUUCUGGCUGCCGCUUUAGCCAGAGCCACAUCAGAUGAAGUCCUCCAGAGUGACCUUUCUGCUCACUGUAUCCCAAAGGAAACGGAUGGCACAGAAGGGACUGUGGAAAUUGAGACAGUGAAAUUGGCCCGCUGUGUCUUCAGCAAACUACAUGAGAUUUGCUGCAGUUGGGUGAAGGACUUCCCUCUGCGCAGGAGACCUCAGAUUUAUUAUGAGACAUCCAUCCAUGCCAUCAAGAACAUGCGAAGGAAAAUGGAGGACAAACAUGUGUGCAUUCCUGACUUUAACAUGCUCUUCAACCUAGAGGACCAGGAGGAACAAGCAUACUUUGCAGUGUUUGAUGGCCAUGGCGGAGUGGAUGCUGCUAUUUAUGCCUCCGUUCACCUACACGUUAACUUAGUGCGCCAGGAGAUGUUUCCCCAUGAUCCUGCUGAGGCUCUCUGCCGGGCCUUCCGUGUCACAGAUGAGCGGUUUGUGCAGAAGGCAGCCAGGGAGAGUUUACGGUGUGGGACCACAGGAGUAGUGACUUUUAUCAGAGGCAACAUGCUCCACGUGGCAUGGGUAGGCGAUUCCCAGGUCAUGCUGGUAAGAAAGGGCCAAGCUGUUGAACUAAUGAAACCACACAAGCCAGACAGAGAGGAUGAAAAGCAGCGGAUUGAGGCCCUCGGAGGCUGUGUGGUAUGGUUCGGUGCCUGGAGGGUGAAUGGGAGCCUGUCCGUCUCCAGAGCCAUAGGAGAUGCUGAGCACAAGCCAUAUAUCUGUGGAGACGCGGAUUCUGCCUCCACUGUUCUGGAUGGGACUGAAGACUACCUCAUUCUGGCCUGUGACGGCUUCUAUGACACCGUGAACCCCGAUGAGGCAGUAAAGGUUGUGUCUGACCACUUGAAAGAGAAUAAUGGAGACAGCAGCAUGGUUGCCCACAAAUUAGUAGCGUCGGCUCGUGAUGCGGGGUCAAGUGAUAACAUCACUGUUAUUGUGGUAUUCCUGAGGGACAUGAACAAGGCUGUAAAUGUUAGUGAGGAGUCAGAGUGGACAGAGAACUCUUUUCAAGGAGGGCAAGAAGAUGGUGGGGAUGAUAAGGAGACUCAUGGAGAGUGCAAGCGCCCUUGGCCACAGCACCAGUGCUCAGCACCCGCCGAUCUAGGCUAUGAGGGGCGAGUGGAUUCAUUCACUGAUAGAACUAGCCUCAGCCCAGGGCCCCAAAUCAACGUGCUGGAAGAUCCAGACUACUUAGAUCUCACACAAAUAGAAGCAAGCAAACCUCACAGUACCCAAUUUUUGCCACCAGUUGAGAUGAUUGGUUCUGGUACACCAAAGAAAGCAGAUCUUAAUGAGCUAAUAAUGGAGGAGAGAUCAGUCAAGUCUUCAUUGCCUGAACGGAGUGGUGCUGGAGAGCCUCUGGUUUCUUUUAAUUUGGGUUCAACAGGGCACCAGAUAUGCAGAAUGGAGAAUUUGUCUCCUGUCUGUUCUGGGUUGGAAAAUGAACAGUUCAAAUCCUGGGGGAAAACAGCAUCUAGAUUGUAUCAUUUACGCCACCACUACUCCAAAAGGCAGUGUGGAUUCAGGUUUAAUCCAAAGUUUUAUUCAUUUCUGUCUGCUGGAGAGCCUUCCCACAAAAUAGGCAUUAGCCUCUCCUCACUUACUAGAAGUGGGAAGAGAAACAAGAUGUUAAGAAGUUCUUUGCCAUGGAGGGAAAAUAGUUGGGAAGGAUAUAGUAGAAACAUGAAGAUCAGAAAGCGUAAUGAUAUCCCAUGCCCAGACUUUCCUUGGGGCUAUAAAAUAUAAGACUUUUUCUUCAAUGUAGGCUAGCUAGUUCUCUCAGAAAUAUAACUAUCAGAGUAGAAACAAGAUAGACAUUUUUAACAUACAUGUGCUUCAUUAUGAAUCCACCGAUGGCUCAACCCGUAAAUGUACAUAGAUCUUUAGGAAACUCAAAAUAGCGUUUUCAAUCUAAUCAAAAGUAUUGGCAGUUUCACUAGAAAAAUUAUUCAACUGGUCCCUGUGAUGUGUCUCUAUACCUACAUACAGCCAGCCCCCUCUCCACCAUCCCUUCACGUCACUAGUGGAAGCUUGAAAGUUAUUCCAGUCAGAAUAUAUGGUAUGGAAAUAGCAACUAUCUGGUCUGAUGUGCCUAAUCUAAAGGAAACAAUGCAGGAUUAAAUGUUGUUGGGAAAUGUCCCUCAGGAUCCUGGGGACGAUGGAGUGUCUCUUCCCAACUGUGUGGGUAGGUGAGAGACUAAAAGCCACACGGGUCUAAACUGCCGAUGAAAGAUGCAGUAAACCAGUACCAAAGUGUCAUUUCUCAGACUUGGGAGGCAGUAUACACUAAGGUAAUUCAUUUUUCAUAGAAAAUGAAAGGCAACUAUGAACAUUUUUAAUUAAAAUACUUCAUAAAGUUUUAGUUAUUUGAGCGUUUUAUAACCUGUUAUGGUGCUUUUGGUGGGAUUUUGUUACUCAUCAUUUUAGGAGCCCACCGUCAGCUGGUUGUAACCUAUGAUGCUAAUGUUUUUCACAGUACCUUCAUCUCAGGAAUAAAAGUGAUUUAGCAGAGAUGAUGUCAGGUACGAUAAAAGACUCAUGCCAUUUAAAAUGAGUUGUAAAAAUAGCAUUUCUAUAUUUUCUGCUUUUUUAUGUUUACAGACAGCAAAGGCAUAUAUCACUAUAAUAUAAAACAUAGUUUGGAGAAUGAAAAAUGAUAGUUUUAACUUCUCUAAAAUUGUUUUCCCCAAGGCAUGAAGUAAUUGGUAUGAAGGAGGCUGAGUGUGAACGCAGAGGCCAAGUGCAAAGGACAAUGCACAUUACUGAGAGCCAGGGCUGUUUAGUUGUAACUGGAAGACGAGCCAGAGCCCAGCUGCUUGCUUCAGACUACAGUGACAGGUCCUGUGCUUCUCAUUUCAAUACUUAAGUCAUAAUGUGUAGUUUAAAAUCUUUUCAAUACUUAAGUUAUAGUUUGUAGUUUUAAAUCAACCACCUUUUGCCAUUUCAAACUCUCAAAGCAGAAAGACAGCAAGUGCACGGCCAUAUUUGUUGAGUGAGGCACCUGGUUUCUCUCAGCCAUGAAUGGGCCCGUGGCCUCCUGUUCCCCACCCCUACCCUGGGCCAGUCAGGCCGAUAGGCAAGGGUAGCUGCUGGAGCCAUUGCGCACAGUGCAGGCACUGCUGCUCCCUAAUCAUGUUCUAUGUAACAUAGUUCAUGCUGCAUUCUCCAGACCCACAGAGGACUAAGAUCCCCAAAUUUGAAGACAUAAAUGACUAACAUAUCCCAGGUACAUCAAAUCCUUAAGAGACCAAAACCCAGCUUCUCUUCAGCAAUGGUCACACUGUUAAUCUAUAUCUUUUAUUUUUCAAAAUUUGAGAGUAAGCGGAGAUUCUCAGUGUUUUCUGUUGACCUUGGGGUCAGUUGUCUCCCCUCCCACAGCAUGUGUGACACACAGGAGGGGAGGAUCACCCAAGGCCCCACCUCAGCCGUGUUCAUUUCUUUCUCUCUUGUGCUCUGCCCACACACGGCCCUCACUCACAGCUGUCAUCUUUUGAGCCCAGAUCUUGCUGACAACCUGUCAGGUACAGGGUCACUUUCAAAUCAAAAUUUCCAAAAAAACAAGAAACCAAGGCAGCAGAAUACAGGUGUACAUUCAUAUCCUGAAGUAGCUAAGUACAUCUGUGGUUACCUGUUGGCAAUGGUUUUUGAUCAGAAUGAGGAGAAAAGAAGAAAAACUUUGAGGUGAUAUAGGCUUUUUAAUCAGUGGGGUAAAAAAAAAAAACUGUGUGGAUGAAACUGGGACAAACAGAGCCAUUUUGAAAGGUCUGACUACACAGCAGUGUUAACUCCAUCUCUCAUAUCAUUAGCUCUCUAGAAAAUAGAGAAAAGUAUUUCUAGUGUGGUCAAGUUAAUAAUAUUGUAAAAAAUAACUUCAUUUGUUCACAAUGUGCGUAUUUAUAAGGUAGUUAGGUACCAUUUGUAAGGUAAGUCCUUCAACAUUCUCUAUAAUAUUAAAGUAGUGGUUAUUGGCCUGAUAAAUGCUGCUGUUGGUUCUAUAAACCAGACAAGAAGCAGUGCUUUGUGAAAUGCAGUGUUAAACCUUAAUGCCACUGGUGAUAGGAAGUAGUUCCCUUCAGUUCCCAUCCUCUGCCCUUAUUUGCUGCUUGCUGAUGUAAGCAAUAAGUAGCCCUCUAACUAAUGGUAUCUAUACAUUGCUGUAACUUAUACUUAAUGAUGGUGUAUCUGGUGAUUGUAAAAAUAUUAGAGAUAUAAAAGUAUCUAUACAAUAUAUAUUAACUGUAAAUGCUGAGGUAUAGUCUGUGAAUUAUGUGUUUUGUACCUCUAUUUCAUUGUGCAAUUUAGUGGUGGUGAAAGUUCUGCACUCGAUCCUUAAAGAGUGGCAGUAUCACUUUUUCAAUUAACAUGAUCUGCAUCAAUUUGUUUGCUUGCUAAAACAGUUUUGUUAAAGUAGGAAAUAGCAAAUCAAAUAUAAACAAGAAAGUGUAGUAUCUGAUAGGAAAGUAGACAAGUCACCAACCGAGGUUACUACUCCUUGUACAUUCACUGUGAGUCUCAAAGGGCAUCAGUCCCUAAUUUCAAAGUUUUUUUUUUUUUU